GGAAUGCGAAUAGCGUCUGUUGUAUCCAUGGCAACCGGGACUCUCCAACACCGCGCACUGUGAUUGGCUGAAAACGCGCUGAAACUGAGCAUCGUUUCCUCGUAUUUGUCGCUGUAAGGGGCGUAUGCUGCUUAAAGAAUAAACACUAUGUCGCCUGAACCGCCGACUGAGGAUAUUCAAUGAAGCAUAAUUCGUGUGUAGCGUCGCGUAUUUCGUAUUUGCGGGAGGACAGGUAAGAGACCUUUGACCUUUGUCUUAAAACAGCCACCUGACAAACAACCAGCUCAGAUCAACGCUUCCUUCAGCAACAACAGUAACAGGAGCUAGCCAUGUUUGCUCUGCAGGGUUGUUUUUUUUAAAUGCAAACUAACUAAAAAAAGAUCAAAUGUGUGAAGUUGAACUGCAGGUUACUCAUGGAAACAAAGAGGGGGAGCUGAAAAUGUCCAAUCCAGUUAAGAAGGUGAGACAAGGAGAAAAACUGCCCCUGAAGUCCAGAGGAAUCCAGAGCAGGACAUCUCAUGAUCUCAGGAGGCUUCAGUCCCUGCUUGUCAGAAGCAGCUCCAGACAAGAGGUGACUCACAGUAAAGCACGCAGCAGAUCACAGGGCCCGCAUCCUCCCAAAGACACCAGCAGACAGAGGAGUGAGAGCGACACCGCCACUGAGGCCUCUGAACUGGAAAAGUUCAGCAUCACAUACAGAGACCAAAGAUGUUUCAGCAGCCACCCACUGCACACGCUGUUCUCUGACAUCCUCGUGUCUUUGGUCAAGAACCGACUCUGCAGCGAAUGGAUAGACCACGCACCGCCCGAGUCUGCCCUUAGAGUUCUGAUCUGCCUACGGUUAUUAAUCAGAGACCCCCAUCAUCAGAAAAUCCUCCAUCAGCUCCAAGGCGUCAAUUUACUUGCCAGGCACAUGGAGUCGGUCACUGCCGUGUACAUAUCUUGCGGUGAACAGGCGUUUGCUGUGCAGAAGCUGGUCACAAUGACCUACAUGUUUCAGAAGCUGUCUGCCGUUGAAAAUCAGAGGGUCUGGGUCACCGAGAGCGGCGCUCACAGGACCCUGGUGAAGCUCCUCUCCACCACAGAUAACAGUGUGCUGCUGGGAGCCCUGUUGGCACUCACAACUUUGGCUGAGAGCCCAGAGUGCAAGGAGGAUAUUGGCGAGCUACUGAUAGUGGAUAACCUACUUGUAAUACUGCAGGAACAUGAACUGCUGUCAAAGAGGAUGAGUGCGGAGUUGCUGAGGCUCCUGUCCCCGGUGCGGCAGAUAAGGGACCAGGUGAGGGAGCUGGAGGGUCUUCCGGUGCUGCUGAGCCUGCUUUACGGCCAGCACCUGAAGCUGCUGUGGAGUGUCGCCUGGGUCCUGGUCCAGCUCUGCGAGGACCCCGACACCAGGACAGAGAUCCGGAGCUGGGGCGGGGUGCAGCAGCUUCUCCGGCUGCUCAACAGUGACAGGCAGUACGUCUCUGACCGCUCGUCCAUCGAGACACUCUCCAGCGCCAAUGCAGCCGGCCGUAUCCAGAGAGAGCACAUCAGAGAGGAGCUGAGCCCACAGGAGGAGGUGGACAACACCAUGGCCCUGCAGUCAGCCUGCUGUACAGUUCUGACUGAGCUUAGUUUGGAUGACACAUCUGCUCACCACAUUGUGCAGGAAAAUGGGGUCUAUAUUAUCGCAAAGUUGAUUUUACCACAAAACUCUGGGCCAAAGGUCACAUCUUUACAGUGCUAUGUGUUUCGGACCCUCCGGUUUCUCUUUAGCAUGGAAAGAAACAGACAUUUGUUUAAGAGACUCUUUCCCACAGACCUUUUUGAGUUGUUUAUUGAUGUUGGACAUUACGUGCGGGACCUCACGGCCUACGAGGGGCUGCAAACCAAAGUUUCACUCUACACUGACGAGGAACUGGACAGUCUGAGAGAGAGCAUAGAGGCUGUGGACCAGAACCGACCUCCCCUUAAAGUCAUCAACGGUUACUCCAUACUGGACCAUCUGGGCACCGGGGCCUUUGGGAGUGUCUUUAAGGUCAGAAAGCAGAGUGGUCAGAACCUCCUGGCUCUGAAGGAGGUGAACCUCCAUAACCCGGCAUUUGGCAAAGACAAGAAGUCCAGGGACAGUAACGUGGAGAAAAUAAUUUCUGAGCUCACGAUCAUCAAAGAACAGAUGACACACCCAAACAUUGUUAAAUAUUACAAGACUUUUUUGGAAGGCGACAAGCUGUAUAUCGUGAUGGAGUUGAUCGAGGGAGUGCCACUGGCUGACCAUUUUAACUCUCUGAAGGAGAAGCAACAGCAGUUCACAGAAGACAAAAUUUGGAAUAUAUUCAUACAGAUGUGUCUGGCAUUGAGGUACCUGCACAAGGAAAAGAGAAUAGUUCACCGCGACCUCACACCAAACAACAUCAUGCUGGGGGAAAAGGACAAAGUCACCAUCACUGACUUCGGCCUUGCUAAGCAGAAACAGGAGAACAGCAAGCUUACAUCAGUGGUCGGCACCAUCCUUUACUCCUGUCCAGAGGUGGUGAAAAGCGAGCCGUAUGGAGAGAAGGCCGACGUCUGGGCUCUGGGCUGCAUCCUCUACCAGAUGGCCGCUUUACAGCCUCCAUUCUACAGCAGUAACAUGCUGUCGCUGGCUAGCAAGAUUGUCGAAGCCGUCUACGAGCCGAUUAAAGAAGGAGCUUACUCAGAGAGAGUCACAGACAUGAUCAGAUGGUGUUUGAGUCCAGAUGCAGACCAGCGGCCGGAUAUUGUGGCUGUCAGCUCCAGGAUCUCCGACCUCAUGAUGAGGCUGAUGGACAGCCUCUACACUUCCCAGAAUGCACUGGAACGAAGAGCAGAGAGAGACAGGAAACGAGCGCAGACGUACUUCCUGGAAAGGCACAAAAGCAGGAUGAACUGCUCCCACUUAAACCUCUCUCAGGAAAAAUCCUUAAUGAUUACUGAAUCUCCAACUCCACCCUCCUCUGCCGCCUGCAGUUCAAACCUCAGCCAGCAGAGUAUCAGUCAAGAUGAUGCCUCAGACGGUGACGUUGAACCUUGCGAUACCAAAACCGACAACGCUGCUUUCAAAGGAAAACACUACGGUUUAAAGUCCAGUGCCUGUGUAAUACCUGACCAAACUGUAUCUGGGGAGGAUUAUGCUGCUGCAAAGAUUAAACCAAGACCAGUGUCAGCAGGGAUCUGUAUCUCCCAGAAGAAGGUUCGGCAGAUUGAUGAUCCCAUCCAGAGGCUCCUUGUGCAGCUGCACAAAAUCAUUUACAUCACUCAACUUCCGCCAGCUCCACACCACAGCAUCAAACGACGGGUUAUUGAAAGGUUUAAAAAGUCUCUGUUCCACUACGGGAGCGACCCAUACAACCUGAAGCUGGAGCUAAGCAAGCUCCUCCAGGCGUCUCCAGAACUGAUGGAGUUAGGCUCAACCAGUUCAGACUGGUUUCCUCUGGUCCACCACUUCACAGGAGACCCCCAUACUGCUGACAGCACGGGUGACGGGAACCUCAAAGAGGGAGUCACCUAUCAGCAGAUGCAGGGGAUCGUAGAGGAGCUGCUGGAGGAGAACGGAUACUAUGAAGCGACACACAGCAGGACCAAAGAGAAAAGAAAUAACCAAGAAAACAUGUGACCAUCGUCCACGUUCAUCCUCAGAUAUUACAGAAGGAAUUUAUUCCAGUGUUUGCAUCAACUUCAGUUCACAAAAAUACUGAAUGUACACUU